CGCGGGACAUGUGAGGGCACAUCCCGCGAGCUGCCGCCCGACGCGCAGACGGCCCGGGGAGCGAGCGGGCGAACGGGCGAGAGCGGGCGGGAGGGCGCGGAGCAGCGGCGGGGGCCGAAGCCCGGCGCGGGAGGCACCGGGCGCGCCGGCCGGGCGGCAGGGAGAGCCGGCGGGGCGCGCCGCGGCCCCGGCCCCGCGCGCGCCCAUGACGGCGGCCGUGCUGCGGGAGGGCGUGCUGGAGAAGCGCAGCGGCGGGCUUCUGCAGCAGUGGAAGCGCAAGCGCUGCGUGCUCACCGAGCGCGGGCUGCAGCUCUUCGAGGCCAAGGGCGCGGGCGGCCGGCCCAAGGAGCUCAGCUUCGCCCGCAUCAAAGCCGUGGAGUGCGUGGAGAGCACCGGGCGCCACAUCUACUUCACGCUGGUGACCGAGGGCGGCGGCGAGAUCGACUUCCGCUGCCCGCCCGAGGACCCCGGCUGGAACGCGCAGAUCACCCUGGGCCUGGUCAAGUUCAAGAACCAGCAGGCCAUCCAGACCGUGCGCGCCCGGCAGAGCCUCGGGACCGGGACCCUCGUGUCCUAGACCGCAGGCUAACGUCUUCACUUCCCGCGGCCAUGGACGCGGUGUCGUGGGUCGUGUCAGAUGCCGCUCCCUCCCGGGGGAACCGGGCGCAGGUUGAGGAAGGAUCUAGUUGUCAUUUCUCCCGUGGAAACCUGUAUCCCCUCGCCCCACUACCACCUCCACCCUCCUGACUCUCCCUGUCCUGCAGCUUCUCACCUCACCAGCUUCCAUGCCCCCUUUGGCUCGUGGGGCGUGACUGUGCUCCAUUUGGUGAGGCAGAGGCCGUGGACGUGUGGAGGAGGCGUUGGAGCGUAAGGGGCGGCCGGGGCCGGGGAGCAGGUCAAAGGCCCCGAGGGGCUGAGGAUGAAGAUCCAGCCCCUGGGUACGCAGACUCUCAGGAUGUACCGGCUCAGGACCUUCCGGCCACCGGCCUGGCCUCCGAGAUUGUGAUGGGGAGCUGGCAUCCAAGCCCCCUCCCGCCACGGCCCUGUGUCUCUUCUGCAGACUGCUAAUCAGCACCCCCCCCCCACCCCGGCUUGGUGCCGUGCCUGGAGGAAGGCAGUCCCCCGGGGGCGCUGAGCCAGCGCCCCAGGACUCGGGAGGCCAGGCUGGCGCUCAGAAGAGGAACCACCUGGGCUCGCCUCUGGAUUUACUUUGGCGGGGGUAGCUGAUGGGUCUGAGGCCCACACCUGGGGGUCAUCUGCUGCUUGGGUCCUUCUGGGACCCCCACCCAUCCAGGCCUCUCUUUGCACAGUUCUUCCCCCUUCCUGCCCCUCUUCCCCCACUGCGGUACUAGGCCUGGAGGUGGCGGGGUGGUUGGGGGGUCAGCCGUUACCAUUUCACACCUGUCCACAAAUGCAGACGCCCUGCAAAGGGCAGUGACCACA